AUGGCGUCCAAGGGCUACUCGCUGGAAGAUUGGCUCAGGUUGAUUAAGCAGGUAAAAAAUCCUCUGGGCCUGACAGAAAUCCUGUUCGCCGACGAGUCUUUCGUCGACAAGGUGAAAAUUCUCAUCUCGCUGCCAAAGGAGAUUAUCAAUGAUGAUGUUGCGGUGAGGCUGCUGGAGUUCCAAAUGGAAAACUCAGGUUACCAUCAGCUUACACGAGCAGUGUGUUGGCUCUCUUUCUACAAUUUGCCUGACGAAUAUCACCAACGGGCGUCCAAAUGGUCCAAUGGUAUCGCCCUGGGAGACACUGAAAUACGUCGGGUUGUCCAACGGGAAGUAUUCGUUCAAGAGAAAGUCAAGGCUAUACAGAAGUCACUCAUAUUGUCAGCCGGAAAAUGA